AUGGCCAUCAACACGGAGGCGCCGCUGGCCAAGGCGCUGGAGGGCUCGCCCCUGCCGGCCGAGGCGCACGAGACCGAGAAGCUGCUGACGGCCGGCGGCAAAGUCUGCAAGUCCUUCUCGGCCAGCGACACGGCGCUGGUGGACGAGGCCGAGCGCAACGGCCACAGCUUGCCCUUCAAGGCCGGCUCGGAGGGGCGGCUGGAGGGGCCGGGGGCGCGGCCGCCGCUCUCGCCCUCCCGCUUCAGCCUGGGCCGCGCCUCCUCCACCGCCACCACCUCCAACCUCCAGGAGCCCGAGCGGCCCGACGAUUACCUGCUGCUGGCCAUCCUCUCCUGCUUCUGCCCGGUCUGGCCCGUCAACAUCCUCGCCCUGGUCUUCUCCAUCCUGUCUAGGAACAGUGGCCAGCAGGGGGAUAUGGAUGGGGCACACAGGCUCGGACGCGUGGCCAGAUAUCUCAGCAUCCUUUCCAUGUUUCUGGGCGCCAUCAUCAUCCUCUUCUGCUCCUUGAAAAUUGCAGGUGUCCUGGGAUCCGACUAG